UUUGGCGGCUGUUUUGAGUUUUGGAGCUGCCGACUGUCGUUUGUUGUGUAGUUAUUUGUGUAUUUUGUCGUGUGUUGUGCCCGCGUGUUUUAAAAUUUGCGAUGACUUCUUGGUCCAAACAAAAUACACUGCAUUUUAUAGAGGCAGUGCGCAGGCAUCCCUGUAUAUGGGAUGUGAAAAUACGAGACUAUAAGAACACUCACAAAAGGUACGACGAGUGGGAGGAAAUUGCCAAGGCAUUUAACGUGUCAAGGAAGGAAUGUGAGGACAAGUGGCAUAAUUUAAAAAGCCAAUAUAGUCGCGAGUUAGCGAAACGGAAGAGCAGCAAAGGAAGUGGAAGUGCUACAAGCAAUGUGUACCACACUUCAUGGUAUGCUUUUGAAAGUAUGCAGUUCAUAAGAGACAAUUACAAACCACUCUCUCAUAGGAGCACACAUGAAGUAGUACCAGUCAUGGAAGCCCCAGCCAGAGAAGGAGAUGGUGAAGGAGAAGGAGAAGGAAGCAUUAGUUUCCCUUUCGAUGUCACAGAAAUGGAGGAGGUGACAUUUGCCACGCCCCCAGAAGACAUUGUGGAAGUGGAAACCACUCCACUCAUCUCUGUGCCUCCACAUGAAAGUGGAUGUGCAACCGUGCCACCCUGUACCACUCCAAGUCCGAGUGGAAGUGGUAGAUCAAGUGCACUGAAGAGAGCCAGGAGAGACCUGGGUGAAGACCGAGAAGGUCUUUUACAGACCUUAAGAAAAGUUGGCGACAAUUUAGCAGGCAGGAAAAGGGACCAGUUUACCCACUUGGGUGACUUGGUCGCCAAUAAGCUCAGAUUUCUGUAUGAAAAUGGCCAUACUACAAUUAUGGCAAACUUGAGAACGGAAUCUACAGAUGUUUGCAGGAGGCAAACGAUGAAUUAA